AUGAUUAAUUCACCACUCCGCUGGGUCUUCUGGUCCAAGACGCUCAUUCUUUUGUCACGUGACAGCCGCAUACGCUGUGUACACGAAACACAAAUGAUUAGUUCACCUAAAUAGAUACAUUACCUUAGUAUUAUUGAUCGUAAGAUCCUGAGCCGGGUAGCGGCCACGUGGCAAAAGAAUGAACGUCUCGAUGAACUAUCCAUCCAUUUCCUGUACCGCUUACAGGGUCGCCUGGUGGUGUUCCAGAAAGCAGGUUAUGUGAUUUACUCAAGAGUUAACGGACAAACUCAACUUUCGGUUCCAGAAACGGAGUGUGAUCCAGACUUGUGGAGAAAACACAGUUGCAUAAAGAAAAACAUUCUUCAGAAUAUAAAGCAGAAUGGCAUCCCAUUCUUCACCCUUGCCCCAUGACCGGAGCAGACCAGAGGAGGAAAAUGAUUUGGUAGAUCAGCUGAUCUCUAGGACAGGUUGUUCUGCACUGCAUUAUGCAAUUCAGGAGUGCAUGGCAGAGCAUGAAGACUGGAGGAAAUGCAAGACACAGGUUCAGGACUUCAAAGAGUGCAUGAUGCCAUUCCAGAAAGCUCGGAUGGAGCAGCUGGUAAAACAUAAAGAUUCAGCCACAGAGAACAUUUGAUGAAAAGAUUCCUGUUAAAGCCUCAUCUCUAUUAAAGAAGACAUCAUUUUGUGACUUCAGGUUACCUUUAUCACAGAUAUAAUUACAAAGGAACACUGUGAAUAUCAUAAGAUUGAUUGUUCCCAAAUAUUUUAGCAGUACUGAGGAUUGUCCUUGAAUUUAAUAAAUUAAAGAACAUUUACGGUGAAGGUGAAAUUCACUUACAUGACAUUGCUUACAGAAUACAGAAAUUCAGUAAGUUGUAUAUAAUUGUAUUGCUAAACUCAUCAAAUACUUAUUCUUAUUGCGAAACACUGGAAUUUUCUUCCAUGAUGAUCUCUUGCUUGAGGCAUAACCUUUAUGAUGUUAAUUGCAUUUAAUUACCCAUAACACAAUUUUUUUUUUACUUGUUUUGUUUCGAAGUACUUUACAGAGAUUGGCUAAAUACUUGUGUCCUUACUGUGAAUAUGGUAGGAUCUUGAUCUUAGUUUUAAGAAGUAGAACUCAACAGAUGUCUCCAUAGCCCACAAAUCUAAUCCAACUUUUUACAAAUUUACAUGCCAGAAAUGCCUUAAAAUAAUUCAAACAGGAAGGAAGUAAAAAAAAUUGAUUCUGCUGAGAUCAUGAGAUCUGUUUGGAACAAAUACAAAAUGUAAUUAGUUCAACUGGUGAUUACCAUGAUAAUUCCAUAUAAAUCCUAACCCUUCACUUAUUUUAUUUUUUUAAGUUUCAAAAUUUAUCUUGGCAUUCUUUAUGUAUUAAUAAGUGUAGUUCAAUGUUACUACUAUGAAAUAAGAGAUGCACUAAUAUUCAGGUUUUCAUGGUCAUCCUGAAAAAUUCAGGUUUUCAUGGUCAUCCUGCUGUGACCUGCUGUGAAAAACAAAUUUAUGAUUGCUUUACUCAUUUACAACUAAACAAACAUCUCCAUAAGAAACAGAAAAAUAGUGUACAGAAUGUAUAUGGAAUUCCCAAUAUGCAUAGAAGCUAUUUAAGCAGCCCUUUCAAUUUACAUAAACUAAAUAAAUUUGGUCUGUAAUGUAACAUUUUGAAAUAUUGACAUAGAGCAAUGAUGAAUGGCAAUGUUAGGAUUGUAUUAGCACACACAUGUUAUAUCAAAUUGCAUCUACUGAAAUGUUACAGUAAAUAAUGUUGAGUAUUUAGAUAAUGGAACAAUUGAUGCUCAAUGCUUCCUUACCCUGCUUUCUGACAUCCCCUCAGAGAACUGAGUAUUAUUGUUGCAUAAUUAAAAUAAAAAAUAAAUAUAAACUUUUUCGAGUGAUUCUCAAGAACAAAACAAGAUCCACAAUUAAUUAAAGGGAGAAGCACAAAUAUUUUUUGUGUUAAACAAAAAAUAAUAUGCAUGGGAAGUAUAAGCAUGGUCACCACAUUCAUUUGUGGAAUCUGGAAAAUGUUUCACCAUGUUUACCACAAUGUUCACCAACUUAUUCAAAUCAACCCAAGAAUGUGUGAUCUUUACAUUCCGUUUGUGUUUGAAUCUGAUUGAUUGAUUGCUUCUGUGGACAAGCUGAGAUUAGGAGCAUUCCCUUUACGAGUGUGCUCCUAAUCUCAGCUCGUUACCUGUAUAAAAGACAUCUGGGAGCCAGAAAUCUUUCUGAUUGAGAGGGGGUCAAAUACUUAUUUCCCUCAUUAAAAUGCAAAUCAAUUGAUAACAUUUUUGACAUGCGUUUUUCUGGAUUUUCUUGUUGUUAUUUUGUCUCUCACUCUUCAAAUAAAUCUACCAUUAAAAUUA